AAGAAGAGGGGCGGUGCUUGAAUUGUGACGUCAGAGCGGGCAGUACCUCAGACAGCCUGAACAGAGCUCGAGCGGCGCCAUGCAGCACCGUCCGACCGACAGCUAAGACGCAGAAAUGCCUCCCGGAGACCUCAACCCAGCCCGAAAUGCUCGCCCCGGGUUUCCUCUCUUCGCGUUUUCUCACUGAUACAAGAUGUGAAGCGACAGUUAGAGGGAUAAAAUGGCGGAGUUUUGAGUCUGACUUUUCCGUCUCGCGCGGUGUAGCGUGGCAGAGGCAGUGGAUCGUUUCCAAAGUUGUCGGUUAGCAGGGGCGCGUGUGAAGGAUCGGAAUUAAAGGCGCAGCGCACCUCCAACAUGGAGAAGCAGCAGCAGAGCGACCUGGAGAGGGACCGGCAGUACUGUGAACUUUGUGGGAGAAUGGAGAACCUCCUCAAGUGUGGCCGGUGCCGGAGCUCCUUCUACUGCAGCAAGGAGCACCAGAAACAGCACUGGAAGGAGCACAAGCUCAUCUGUAAGGAGGCGGACAAGGCGCAGCACCAGAAACACAAACAACCCGAGCAAGCCGCGCCGUCCACGGACAACAAGGCACCGGAGAAACCCCGGGGGAAGAUCAGCUCCGAGCAGGCGGACAGCGCGGCUUCACCACCCGCGGACUCGAACGCAGAAGCCGGGGACAAACCGGGAGAGGACGGCUCCAACGACACCGCCGCCACACCUAACGGACAAACGAGCUCGUCCCCACAGAAACUCGCCACGGAGUACAUCGUCCCGAGCAUGAACAAACACGGCAUCUGCGUGGUGGACAACUUUUUAGGAGCAGAGACCGGGCUGGGCGUCCUGGAGAAUGUCAAAGCUCUGCACAAAACCGGAAAGUUCACGGAUGGACAGCUGGUGAGUCAAAAAAGCGACUCCACCAAAGACAUCCGAGGGGACAAAAUCACGUGGAUAGAGGGGAGGGAGUCCGGCUGUGAGAAGAUCCGCUUUCUAAUGAGUCGUAUGGACGACCUGAUUAGACAUUGUAAUGGCAAACUGGGAAACUACACGAUAAAUGGAAGGACGAAAGUAAGUAUGCAGCAGGUGGGAGCGCUGAACCAACACACUCUAGAGUCUCUUACACCUAAAAAGUUCCUGGGUUCAAGGGCUUAUUUCUCCUGUUUUAGGAGGGAAAAGUUCACCAAGGGGUCAGAGCAUUGCUGUAUGGAGGCCGAGAACCGCCACUGCUGCAAAUAAAAAAAAGGAUGAAAAAAAAGAAGUCACAACGAAAGUUACCGAUCCAAAAAGAAAAGAAACUGAAGCCUGCUGUAAAUAAAAAAAAGCCACAAUGGAAAUUAAUGACGCAAAUAAAAGUGGCGAUGCAAAAGGAAAAAAAAGUUACCGCAUAAAUAAAAGGAUGCAAUAAAAAGAAGUCACCAUGGAUUUAUCUGCACUGUUUCUUUUUUUAUUUGCAGUGGGCUUCUGUUUCCCACCAGUUUCAUUCUGUUGCGACCUCUUUUCUUUUUUUUGCUUUCUUUUUUUAUUUCCAGCAGUGGCGGUUCUCGGCCACCAUAUCACUGCUCCCCCUGAAUUGCACCUGCAAGACCACAUGAUGGGUGGCUGUGGCUUCAUUAAGAGAGUCUGACAGCAGUUAUCCUGCACAUAUCUCCAUUAACUCUGUCAUCAACACAAGCUUUUCUGAGAAGCAUCGAUUUCAGCAGAGUUAGAAACAUGAUAAUAAUGAAAAAUAAGAACAGACUUAAAAUAUACACAAAUAUAAAGUCUUUUUAGCUUAAAUUUUAACAUGACAGGUGUGAGAAUAACUAGAUAACUCAAAAUAUCAUGUUACAAGGUAUUUAAUAAGUGGCAUUAACGAUUCGGGAUGGUAAUCGUGAUCGUUUUAUAUAUGCAAAAUCGAUACUGGCACUUCCAGAUUGAGGUGUGGUUACUGCCCUCCAAUAUUUGUGGGAAAAUAAUGAUAUGGAAAUAUGCUGUAAGGCUAAACUUGUUUGUGCAGCGCAAAAUUUAGCAAGAUUCAUGCAUGUCAACUGAGAGCUUUACUUGCCACGAGUGAUUUUCAUCCUUAUUUUGAGCGUGAUUUUUACUCUGAUACUUCUGUUUUUGUAGCAUUUGGCAUUGUAAGCUUUUGUGCACAACACACUUUCUAAUGCAAGACACAAAGCGCUGAUUUAGACCCUGUCCCUAAGCAGUUAUGAUCAAAAAUUGGACCCUUCAGUUUAGAUCAAAAAUUUCAAAGUAAAAACUAGACUUUAGUAUUGUAAAUCAAAAUUAAUAACGAGUUAAUGAGGAGUAAGUGAAAGUAAAUAAGACAGGACUGAAGUUCUUAGAAGGCAGCAGGAAAUUAACGACUUCUUUCAGUUUCUUUGUCCUGUUUGCAAACUGGACCAGAUGUAGUCAAAGCUGCAACAAACAGUCAUAUCUGUCGUUAAUUAGUUACCAAAUAUGACUAAUUGAAUAAUGGUGACACUUUGCCUUUUCAGUCUUUUUUAGUGAAAUAAACAGUAAAAAAAAACACUUUUGUAUGAGGAGGAUGACAAAAACUCACAAAUCUUCUUACUGAAUAAACUAGAAUCAGCAAUAAUUGAGCAUUUUGUGUUAGAAACCAACAAAAACUGUUUAAAUUACUCAAAUUAUAGGGACUGUUGUAAAUGAGAGCACAGGGUCUUUCAAUGGGGGUUAACUUUGCGGCAAAUCAAGCUUGAUUGUAAGUUUUAUACUUCUGUUUCUGCAGGAAUAUUUAAGAACAUGAUCACGUCGUUAGAGAGGGUGUCAGAGAUCUUCAAUCAGACCAAUAAAAAUCAAAGGAUCAAAUAAAACCAGUGAAAGCAGAAGUUAGACAUGAUAAAACUCUCACAAUAAGAAUGAAACAGUCAUGAUUCAUCCGUCUUAUAAAGUGCAGCCGAUAACUGAUAGACUCCGCUUUAACACUUGGACCCACAAAAGUGAGUCAGAACUUCCAUGAGUCAGAACUUUGCAUUAUUUCACGUCCCUAAGAUUUUGGUGCUUUUAACAAAAAAUAAGAUCAAAUCUUCUCCUGAAGUGUGUGAAACAGCAGGAGUGUGAGGCUGAUGAGUCAAGAACAAAACAUCCAGAGUUCGGGGCGAUUAUUUGUCUGCAGCUCUUGACGGUUAAAUCACUCUGUCAGCUCAACAGCGACUCAUAAAGCCGGGAGGAGCUCCUUAAUUAUGGCUUUACAGUUAUGACUCGGCAAGAAUGUAAAGCAAGGGCGUGCCAAGUGGAAUAAGUGAAUCAUUGUGUGAUAAAGGAAUUUAAGAUUAUGAAUAUAAGCACAUUUAUAGCCUGGUUUCUCCACAGAGCGCUGCAGAGUAAAGCCUCCUGGUUUCUUGAUCGGUGUUUCACGAACUUUGACACAGUCUGGAUGAGAUUUCGUGCAGCGUUUUCAGGCUGCAUCUGAAGAGACAGAAGAGGCAGAAAACACUGAAUCACUGAGAAACUAGAAGUCUGACAGGAUCGUUUAGUAACCCUGCAGUUUCAUUGACUUAUUCAUAAAUAAUCUUGAAUGUUUCAGCUCUGUAAGGCUGUAUUUUCUAAGGAACUUCUAUGUCUUGAACGAGAGCCCUGCACAUUAGUGUUUACAUGCAGCAUAAUGAGAGUGCGGUCCUCCUUUCUUGCUGCUCUAAUUUGCAGGUGCUGCAAUAAAUGCACACGGAGACGCCCUGAUCAUUUAUCGUAAUCAUGCACAUGAUGACACACCCGCAUUCUCGUGGUUUUCUGCAUCAUUCGUAGCUGCAGUUACCCCUGACCGUUUGUUGUCUUGUUUUCAGAGCGUGCAGAGCGUCGUCUCGUUUCUGCUUCAGUUCUCACUCAGCCUACGUUAGAUUAACGCGCCGUGUCCUGGCUCGGCUGUUAUGUUGCGUGUGACCUGCUGUGACUCGCCUUUUGACCUGAUGUGGUCGACAUGACCUUGUGACAGUGACUGACCGGGAGGGGUCGAUCCUCCCCCCACUCUUCCUGCUCCUCCCCCUUCUGGGGAAACGCCUGAUAGAUGAAAGUGGUGCAGACGUAGAGCUGAACAAUACGGUGGAAAUAUCUUUGUGUUGAUCAGAAUCUGUUCAUCAGGAUUGUUAAGUCAUGCUGCUGUUUCACACUUUGGUCACGUUAAACGCUGAAAGAGGCAGAAAUAUUAGUGUCUCCAAGUUCUUUUACAGACUCGAGGGAGAGGCUGCAAGCUGAGCUACCACUAACAGCUUUUUGAGGGGUUUUUUUAUUAUAAAAGGGACAUUUAUUCAAUGAGUUUUUACCUCUUUAAUUCAAACAAAUGUGGAGGAAAUGGUGUAAAAACAUUGAUAAAAGCUUGUUAUAGAUCGGUGGUUUCCCAGAGGGGCUGUGAGCUGAGCUGCAGCCGAGUCAGGGUUAGUUUUUCCCACAGUUGCAGUGUUGUGCAAAGUCAAACUCGGGUCACACAGAUUAAAAUGAACAAGUUUACAAUCAUAGUUAAUUUUUUAAGACUACAAGCAUAAUUUAUAACCCAGAAAACAAACAGGGUCAUCAUUUUAGCUGCACAGAGCCUCCUACGCUUCAGUUCCUCACCCUCAAAACACUAAACAGAUUAAUAAACUCUGUUAAAGAGUCAAACACAAAUAUUCAGUUUAAGAGCGGAGAAAAUCCCAUUAAAGCGUGUUUGGGCUGAAUAUUUGGCUCAGGGUUCUGACUUUAGCUUCUCAUUACAUGGAGAAAAUUCACCUUAUAAAAUACAAAGUGGAUGAAAAUUACAGGGUGAUGUUGAAGAAACAAACAAACAUAAAAAAGCCACACCUGUUAGACACCAAUUAAGCUUUCAGUCAGUUUAAAAGCUGUCCUGGUUUGCUCAUAAUAACACUCCUUUAAAUGGUAACAGGAGCCGGUCGAACCAGCACUGAUCACUCCAUCUGAUUAACUCGAGAGUGUCUGUGUGUGUGUGUGUGUCUGCAGCCUGGAGCCUCCCUCACGUUUGCUCGCAGCAUCCUGAACCGAAUGUCAUAAAUCUGAAACUCAGUCAUCAACAAUUCCAGCUGCUCUAGAAACAUUCGGGAUGUGAGGUUGGUUAUCGUCUCCAGAGUGAGCUUCAUUCACGAUCCCGUUCCUGAGCUGUUCAGUUCAUCUCCCAGCUCAUCACUGUCCUUGCAGGGAGUCGAAUCACUUGUGAACGUCUCAGUAUUUAAAAAUCAGACAGACUCAGCAGGGAUCAGAACUUCAGAAACUUUAUAACUAUUUAUUUUAAAGGCUGGAGAUGCAACAAUUACAGAUGUUGACGGUACGAUUAUACAGCAAGUGAUAAACACAGUUUCCCCACUAUGAGGAAUAUUAUGCAUUAAAUAAUUUGCAGUUUUGUUUUAAAUUUUAGUUGAAAUGCAAGAAAGAAAUUCAGAUAAUCUCUUUCACAGUGAUAAAAUUAAGUGAAUUAGAGGAAAUAAACCUCAUGGGACAGUCCUGGAAGUGGACGAGCUCCUGCUGUUGUCUUACUAACACCGUCAGUUUACUCGUAAACACACAGACGAGAGGAAGCUUGUUAAACUUGCUGCUGUGUUUCGUUUGUUUGCACUGAGAGCCUUAAUUUUGCUUUAAUCUGACAUGUUUAUAUCUAAAUCUUUUCUCUCUCGAUGUCUCAUCAAGUAACUCUGACUCCUAACUGGGUAACUUUUUAUUCAACUUUAAAUUAAAGUGAAAAACAACCAAAAAUAGUGAGUAUUGGAGUUAAACAUCUGCACACCUGCUGCCUUUGUCUUCACUAUAUUUACUUGAGGCUGUGUUGACUAAAACGCGUCCAAAAAUUAUCUCUAUUGACUUAACUUUAAUCCUCGUAUCGCCCUGCCUAAGCAAUAAAACCUUUUAAUGACUGUUUUUAUUGCAGAGAGGUGCUGAACUUGGUUAUUUUCCAAGCUUGAGGCAGAGUUUAAAUAUAAUCGUGAUAUUUUACUUUCUUUUUAAAGUAUCAGACUUCGAUCGCCUUCCUUUGGUGUGUGAAAACGUUUGAAAGUCCACACAGAAAUUACUGUGGUUUCCAGCUCAGAGUAAAGCCAUCACUCUUGCACAAUCUGUUAACCCAGUUUGCGUUAUAUAUUUUCCGCUCCCCCUUAUCAUGUCCAGUUAUCUCAGUGCGUGACAUUUCAGGGAUCGAGCAGCGUAAGAGCACACUUUGGACUGCAGCCCGGGGCCUGCUUCAGGUACUUGGUUCUCUGCUCUGGCACGGACCUCACGCUGUUAUUUUUAGUCUGCCCUCAUGUCCAGUUAUGAUUUUCUCCCGUGAGGAGGAGACAUGAAAUGUUUUUCAGAAGGCUUAUUUUGUCGAGCCGUGCUGCAUAUCCAGGCUGCAGCUGGCCUCUGUGUCAAACUCUGCUUAGACCUUGACUUCCUCACCUACUGCCCUAGUUGCCUUGGCAAACACGCCUGGACUGUGACCAGCCAGAAUCAGCAUGACUUGCACAAAUGAAAGGCCGCCAGUAUCAUGGCUCAAAGGGAUACGACACAAUGUAAGCACAGAUCACAUUGGCAAAGAUAGAGGAAAAAGAUUUUGCCCAAAUAGUUAUUUAAUGUCAUUGUUUCCAUUUCCUCUUUUCACUUGAUAACAUUGUGGGAAGUCACAGGCAGCAGGACGUGUUUGUUUCUCUGCAGCUCAGCCAAGAUGAAUGCCGGCCGAGGCCAAAACAGCCACUGGAAACAAAUCCACCAAAGUCCUUCUGCCCUGGGAUCUUUGUUUACACCAUAGUAAGCAUUUUAGAUCAUCAGAAAAAAAACAGAAAUUUAAGUCCCUGUCGACUCUUCCAUAUUUUCUGGACUAUAAGUCGCACCAGACAAAAAAUGCAAACUGAAGAAGACAAGACAUAUACCGUUUUAGAAGUCGUAUUUUUGGAAGGGGGGAUUUAUGUUACAAAAUCCAAGACCAAGAACAGACAUUUCAACUUAAAAGUCAAGUUAUAAUAAAAACAAUAGAAUAGAGAACAAUAGGAUGAAUAGGUGUACGGUAACGUAACACAGUGAUGGUUAUUCAGCCACAUGAAGCAGAAACAACGAACUCAGUAGGAGUCUGGUAUGUUAACGUAACAUAUUAACAGCUAUUCAGAUAACUAUAGUAUAAAAAAAUAUAAAACAAGUUUACCAAACUCUCGAUCUUACUCCAAAUCACUAAAUCUAUUGAAUCCUUUAUCCUCAGUGUCAUUUUUGAACAACUCUGCUAACUCUGGAGGAGGACAAAGUGCCGCUUCCUCUUCUGUGCGGCUGUCAUCAGACUAUAAUUUUAUAUUUUAAUAAAUAUAAGUCGCACCUGAGUAUAAGUCGCAAAUCCAACCAAAUUAGAAAAAAAGUGCAACUCAUAGUCCAGAAAAUACGGUAUUUGAUAUUUAUUAAAACAGUCAAAUUACUGUUUUUGUUCAGGGCCAAGUUGAUGAGACCGGUCCUGUAGUUUUUAGAUCAUGAAGGUCUCCUCCUUUACUUUCGGGUCCUCUGGUUUAAUAAGGUCCAGUUCUUGUGAUUUGAUAAAUGGCCAAACAGCAACACUAUCUGGAUUUUGAGGAAAUUUUCUUCACUUUCACCCUGAUUAUUGUCGAUAUAAACAAGACCCCCACUUUUUAACCCCAGUCUGUUUUUAUUCUAUUUCAAGGCGAGACCCUCGCAGACAUUUGCUGCAUGUUUAAAACAGAAGCUCUCUGAUCCACCGCGGCCACUUCAUAAACAUGUUUACUGCUGUCAAACAAGCUCAGCAAUGAUUUGUUGGUGUUGUUGUACAUGCAGUAUAAUAGCGCUUUAAAGCAUACCGCUUGGUAGCUAUGCACCGCAUAAAUACUGGAUUAAAAUGCGUUUUGAAGGACCCCACAGGGACCGGACUCCUAAUAAUGUAAUGCAACCACUUGAGCGGUGUGAUGACAGCAGGGUAACAGGUGUGUGAUUAACAUGAGUCAACAGUGGGGGGAAAACAAAAGGGUGUUCGAGGAAGCUAUAACCACCUGGAUGUCAGAUUCUUUCAAAUAACAUCAACGUUUAUGAUAAUUUACGAUAAAGCUUUUUCCAAAUAUGAAAAUCUGGAACGUUUGAGCUUUUCGAGUCGGCUAUUCAGUCUCGAGGGUCCCCCUAAAGUAACACUACACUGUGAGUAAAGCCAUGUCGUGCAAAAUGCAGUUUAUGUUGCAAAAUAAUUCCUGGCAGAGAGGAAACAAAACCCCCACGGUCGAGCAUGUCAGCACUUUGCAUCAAGUCGAGCCAAAAUGCAGAACUUUGGACCGUCUGUGGCUUGAAACAACUCUGCAAACUGCUGUCAACUUCACCACAGCGUCAUUUUUUUUGUCGAGAUUUUCUACAUGGACUCGAUCGAUGUUAUCCCUGUAUCUGUCAGCUGUAUCUCCGGUCUUCUGAGGGCACGCGAACACAAACACGCCACGUGUGGACAGAAAAGAGGUUUACGUUGUUUGAUGUUCAGUUAUGCGUUGCGUCAUGUGUAAUGUGACAGAGCCGCUGUGGGCAUGGGUGCUUUCAUAAGGAAGUCGACCGUUGACCUAAAUCUUAAAGCUCUAUAGAAUAAGGGGGGGUUAGAGGAAGUCAUGUGGUCGCGGUCCUCCGAGUGCUGGAGCCGGCUCUGCAUUAUGCCGCAGCCUGUCGUUCCUUCCGCCCACAGAAGCAGCAUGGCAGAGGCUGCGGCGAGCAUGACACCAUUUUCCUGCUUAUUGUGUCAGUCGGGCAGUAAACAGUAAAGAGUUAGUCACAGAGUACGAUCACCCUCAUCCUGCGUGUUAAAGUGUGAGCUGACAUGACGCCUGUCUUAUCCCAAAGCCCCCUCUUUAUCCCUCUGUGUGUAUCUGUUGAUACAGCUUAUACCUCUGUUGGCAUAUUUUGCUGCUGUUUGUUUGACACGGCUGAGUAAAAAUCCAGAGAUAGAGUCGAAUUUGUUCAUCUGCUGCUGAAAUACAUAAAAGAGAAUUACAGUAAAAUACUGCUAAUCUACUCGUCAGUUUGUUUAAUAUAUUGUGUUAUAUAUUCCACUGAAUUAGACCAUCGCAUACUGAACCUCACUGUAACCUUUUUGUAUGUAGUUGUAUUGUGCUGUUGUGCAUCAUCACCAUAUCUAUCAAAGUGGAUCCUAUCAUACUGUAUUGCAUUAUAUUUAACAAUAUCAUAUAUCAUAUACUGUAUUGUAUCAUGAUUCACAAUACCAUAUAGUAUCAUAUGUCGUAUCAAUAUCUUAUGAUAUCGCAACACAUUGUAUAUUAUAGUGUAUGUCGUUAAGUAGGAGAGAAAAUCGAUACUGUAUAGUAAACUACUUUGUUUGUAUCUUAGUACACACUGUUGUUGUGAUCAAGUGGGCUCUGCCCGCUGGAUCUGGAUGCUGCUAGCUAGAUGUGCCGAAGCGGAGUCUGGAACGGACUGCUUAUAUCAGAGUGCUGAUAUCGGAGAUUUUAGAUGCAGGACGAUAUGAUCCGAUAUUUGUUUUUUGGCUGAUAUCGGACCAAUAUCCGAUAUCAAUAUUGUGUCGGGACAGUCCUAAUUGUAUCAUAUAUCAGAAAAUACCAUAUAUUGUAUAAUAUAUCAUAUCGUAUCAUAUUGUAUACUCUAUCCUUUGAUGUAAUGUAUCUUAUCGUAUCAUAUCAUGUAUUAUUUCAUAUAUCGCCACCUACUGUAGUGGAGGUGAACAUGCCCCUGUCAGUAAUUCGGUUCUUGCCUGGUUCUUGUGAACUGGGACACAAACAGAAGUCCAGUUUUAUCGUGUGUAUGUUGUGGUAGUUUAAGGUUGUGCCAUGGUUUAUAGUCGUACUUCUGUGUGUCUUUGUAUCACUGAACAUAAUCUGUGGUCAGUGACUCAUUCACCACAGCGACAUAUUCAACAGUUUUUGAUUGAACCCAGAUUAGAUUUCAUUCUAACUUUUAGCCCGUGUGUUUAUCUCUGUUUACGAUGCUGUGACUGUGUGAGCAGAAGAUGGACGUGAUCCAAGUGGGCCUUUAAGAAAGAGCUCUUCUGUUUUUGACUGUUUGCAGCUGUAGAGCCGAAGACGGGGAGGAUUUAUGGUGGGCGGAGCAUGGACUCAAACUAAUUUUGCAUCUAGAAACACAUUUAAUAAGGGAUUAUGUAAGUGAUGAUAUAAGCUGGUGUGUGAUGUAGAGCGUUUCGAAUCUGCCUCUUUGCACAGAGCAACCCCGGGAAUCGACUCGUGCCUCAUUCUGGCGACUUCCUCAGUAUAUGCUCAGUCUCUCUGCUGAUACUUGUUGUGGUGGUCGAUCCUUUACUCUGGCAUCAAGAGAGUAUCGGUGACUGAUCCAAUUAGACAGCGAGUUCACUUGGCUUACACAAAGGCUCCAUGGAUUGAUUCAGUCACACUAACUGGACACUGAUGUUUUCUGCACAAACAGACCAACAACUGUCUGUUCCUCUCUGCUGCUGUAAACAACAUUUCUCAAACAUCAUGAUUAGAAAGAUUACUGAUGCAGAUCUUUCAAAAUGCGUGUCUUAAGAAACAGCGAGAUAUCACAAACUAAAAUGAUUUUAACUUGCAAAACGUGGACAAAAAUUAGGUCAUAUUCUCUGCACCUUAAGGGAUUUCAGAUCUGUUUUCAUGCAGGUUAUAUAUCACAUCAUGCAAAACAUGUAAAUCCACAUCCUGCAGAGAGGCAGUCCCAAUGGGGUUGCAGGAGAUCAUUGCAGUUGCAUGACAUAAAAAAGGCGUGUUUAACAUUUUGUUGCAAUUUCUUCUCUUAAAGUUUGGGGACCAAAGAGACCAGUUUUUUUUUUCAGGGAAGUGAAACAUGUCCCAUUUUUGCCUAAUACAGAAUUUUAGCUGCUCAAUAGUUCAGGAUUCUACUUAUGUUUACUACCUGCAAAAUGUUGUCACAGGGUGUCAAGUUUGGUCUGCAGACAGUCCAGUUUCUCAGGAGGACUCUGGCUGAAAUAUGAAGGUCUUCCCUGAAGAAGUCAUUGUCCUGAUGGCAGCAGAUGUUGCUCUUCAACCUGUAGAUAUUGUUCUGAAAACAACAAUCUGAGUGCCUCUCUCCUAAGAGCCGAUGACUCUGUUUCCAGGAUUUCCAAGAAGAAUGUCUCUUGUCGGACCUCGGGGCAGUUUUCCUCUUGGGCUCGGGCCUCCAAGCUUUUCUGGAUUGUUUUUUAACUAUAUCUGGUUUUCCUCUUUGUAGUUUUAUCCUUCAUUUCAGCAGCAAUCAUUUCAGCAGCAGUUGGUGUUAAACUGUGUUGACAGUAGGGCUGGGCAAUAAACCAAGAAUUUACUGAUACAGAAAUUUACGACGUCAUUUUGCCCAUAUCUACGACGGAGUAUUAGGGCCACAUUAAGAAGAAGAAAAAAUUAAGACCUCGGAAUUACUGACGAGAAUAAAGUCAUUACCAAAUCAUUAUUUACGAGAAUAAAGUCAUAAUAAAUUCAUUACUCAUGAGAAUAAAGUCUUAAUUAAAUCAUUACUGACAAGAAUAAUGUUGUAGUAAAAUCAUUAUUUAUGUGAAUAAAAUUGUAGUAAAAUCAUUAUUUACGUCAGAGACGUGACUCCACCCCAUCCAGUCUGUAACAAAGAGGUAAAGACAGGUGAGGAGAUGGAGGACGGUUCAAAAGUUGGAGCGGCUGAAGUAGACGAGUUAAUUUUGGAGGGGGUGAGCAGCUUGUGGAGAAGUUAUCGUCCAUUUAUCGUAAUUGAAGUGAACUGAUCAAUAUAUCAUAAUAUUGAUUUGAGGUCAUAUCACCCAGCCCUAGGACAGUUGAUGGUUUUGGAAGUGAUUCUGAGUCUUUGCAGUGAAUUCCACUUCAGAUCCAUGUCUGUUCUGAAUGCAGUCCUGAAGAUCGCAGCCAUCUUUAGUUAGUUCUGAUCAUUUCCCGUUAUAGAGUUUCCACCUACGUCAGUCUGUGUUUAUCAGUCCGUUGAAAAAGGAUAUUGGUAGAUCAGCGGUCCGAUAGGUGCGCUCUGGCUCUGUCAAACAUGUCUGCUUAUCCUCUGAUUUAUUAAAGAGUAAUAGCAGGUCCACUUAUGUGAGAGGAACACUGAGUUCAUCGCAGAUAAAGCUUAAAGCUGUCGGAGGGUUCAGCGUGUGCGGUUAUCUUUUGUUUGUCCGUGUCGGAGAGCGGCAGAGUGUGCUAAAAUCUACAAGGCCGUCGACUUUACACCCCUCCCUUUCAGAGUAUUUACGUAAUGAUAGCAGAGACUGUACUUGUGUUUCCGCUGUAGCAUGUAGAGGGUGAAGGAGAGCGCCAUGGCUGUAUACGUCCCUCUAUUGUUCAGGGCCUACAGUAAAGAAGAAAAGCAUAAACUAGGUCAUUACUUUAAACAGGGAUUUCCUCUGAAGGCAGCACCACUGUCUGUCUUACAGAUAAAACAGAGAGCUCUCCAGGCCGGGGGCCCGGACCCUCUCAGUUCCCACACUCCCCUGUCCUAUGAGGUCUCCAUCCUGACUGUUUGUACUCGUGUUUGGAUAAGCAUCAUUUCUGUGAAGUGAGCAGACCCCUCGCAGCUUUUCCUUUCUGCUCCACCCCGGCUCAUGGCUCAGUUUUUAAGUGUGUGAGUGGUGGUGGAAACAUAAGACAGCGUUAUUAACUGCAUUUUUAUUCUUUCUUAUCUUUUGCUUUUACCAAACUUCAGAUUUCUGUACAUUUUCACUCAUAUUUUCAGAACACCUGUUGGCUAAAAAUGAGGUUUUACUCAAAGACUUAACCGUGCAAUCUUUUGAUGUUUGUGCACCAGACCUAAAUGAUUUUACUUGAGAUACUUACUAGGAUCUACAUGAUGGUGUAACCUCAGGGUGUUUUUUUCCAGUGUCUCUGAAGAGCUCGUUACGAUCACUUUGGAAGACUCUCUGUCUGAGCUGUAGCUGGAACUUGAGGCUUCAAGCUGGAAGUCGAUUUUAGUUGCAACUAGUGUAAUGUUAGUGAAUGUGUAAUGAGGAGCCAGAGUAGAGUUGGUGUUCAUGGCUAUCUCAGUCAUUUUUAAAAGGGAUAAUUUUUGGGUUGUUUUGUGUAAAGCUGUGUAAAAGGUAAAACACCCAGGAGGGGUUUUUAAUGUUAUGUCAGUGGGAAAACAGCCGAGACUUGACAUUUAAAAACACUGAAUAGUGCUGAGAUUAGGCUCACCCCCUCCCACAACUUACAACUUUUGAACCGGCCUCCAUCUCCUCACCUGUCCUUCCCUCUUCGUUUGUGACGUAGGACAGCGUCUUAAAGAGACAUGAAACCAUAGCCUACCUAAAAACAUCCAAAACCAACUUUUAGUUAUUUAUUUUUCGACACCGAAUAUAUCGAUAUGGGCAAAAUUACAUAAGUUACUGUCGGAAAUUUCCGUAUCUGUAAAUUUUCAAUUUAUCGCACAGCCCUAGUAGAUCAGAAACACAUGAAAGGAAGAGAUACCGACAAAAAUUUCAUGAAAAAUGUUUUACUAUAAAUAAUAAAGUCAAAAUACAGCAAAAAAACAAACAAACAAACAGCUGUGAUAAAAAAUCAAGCUCUUAUAUUACCAGAAUAAAAAAUAUUGUGAUUUUAAAGAAGUCUUAAUGUUCAUGGAAUAAAGCUGUUGGUAACUAACAUUUACGCUAACUAUUGACUAAAAUCACGGCUUUAUUCUUGUAACAUUAGCACUAAAUUCCCUAAAUAUUUACACCUCUAUUCCUAAAGUUUUCAUAUUGUUUUCUAGAUUAUUUCAGCUUCACUUCGCAAAGAUUGAAAGAGUUAAACUUAAAGAUCUCGAGGAUCGGAGGACUUGUUUUGAUUCGUAGGAGUGAGAGUAAUAAAUUAAAAGAUAAAUCGUUCAAAUUAAAUCAGUCGGUUGAUGUUUUAAUCACCUCCAUUAAAAUGUCACUCACCUCCUCUCCUGUAACCUUAAACCACCUGGAAAUGCAUUCGACUUUCUACUGAAACUUUUAUUAUUUAUGAUUCUGCGGCGGCAGCGAACCUCAGACGACCUUCUGAUUCCUCCCGAGCGUCACAGAAACUCUUGCACGUCUGCAUGUUUGUCUGUCACGUCUCACCGUCAGUGUGAGUUUGAUUUAUUUCAGGUUUGAGUUUCAGCUUUUAAAGACGAACUGAGGAGGAAAACAGAAAAAUAAAGAGCAAGACGAGGUUUGAGUGAAAGAGACGAAUCUGUCUGACACCGACGAUUCCUGCGAGUGUUAUCUCGACCUGGAGUACGAGAGGUCAGACGUGAUUUCUCAGAUACUGAUGAUCAAAAUAAAGUCUCUGCAGGGAAAGAAAACGGAGAUUCAGUUCAUGACUCUGAAAUAGCUCCUCGGUUUUAUUCGUAUCCAUGACGACACGAUGUAAGUAUAAAAUCAAACGCGUCUUUGGCAUCAGUUUAGCGUCUUGUUUGUCAUCUUCCGAGGCCUCAGAGGUCCGGUUUGAUGACCUCUCUUUCCCUCUUCUUUCGCUCUCGGCCUGCAAAUAACAGCCAGCCUCCAGAGCCGUGUCUGAGGAAUGUAAAUAAACGCUACAGCGAGCAAGGUCAACCUGCUAAUGAGGGCCGCCGAGGAACGCGGAAGAAAGAAUGACGGGGAAGAGGAGCAGAAGCUGUCACACGCCGCUCAGACUCCUGGGUAAUUCAGAUCAGGUUAGAUUGAGAUAUCUGACCUGCGGAGAUUGGAGUACAGAGGGAAUAUUCACGAGUGAAAAAAGCGCGCCGACUGUAACUGUUGCAUUUCUGCGAAUUUGAUCCAAAAGAAGUCCACUGACAGCGCUCUCAUGACCAGAUCACAUGAAACUCAAACUGGAGUUGUAUUAUAAUUCACACAAGUUUGACAUUUGCUCAAAGCAGCUGAUGUGUAUAACUCUUGUGUUUGCAUCUUCAGCGGUUAGACAUGCCGUCAGAGUUUUAAGAAGUUUUAGGAGAGCUGCUUGUUGAGUUUGGCGAGCCGAUGAACCCUUUACUCUAAAAGCAGUUCAUAACAACUUUGACUAAAGACAGAGACUCAAAGCUACUCUGAUAAUCUCAUAUUUUAUGGUUUUGGUGCGCAAGAGUCUUGUUGCAUUAGCUGUUUUGGCCUCUACAUGUCCAAUAGGUAAUCAAUAAGCGCACAGCUCACUUAAGAUUUUGUUUCGGUUUGGAUUCUUUGUCAUUUUGGUAGAUUUUACAGAAAGGAACAAAACUUAUUCUUUAUCUUGUGCUUUUGUACACAUUUCAGGUGUUUGCAUUGUUCAUAAUGGUAAAUAAAGACCCAUGCAUUUGUGUCUAAAUGUAGCACUUACGUUAUCAGUAUUGAAAAAGCAUGAAGGUUUGUUAACAAGCUGAUUGAUCGAUUGAUGCAUGGCCUCAGUCCGACUGAAACUGGCCUGAGCUUCAAGUGUUUGCACGCCGGGCUUUGACUCAGGUGUUCAUUAUUAUAAUUGUGUUACUAUUUUGUGUUUAUUGUAAACAAACCUUGAAGGAUGAUGAAAAGAAGGUUCCUUACAAGUACAGAAAAGCAUGGAAAUAAAUUUGAUCAAUUUCCAGGUCUUAAAAAGUAUGGAAAAAUAUGUAUGUCUCCAGACUAUUACCACAGUUCUAAAAUACUAUUUUCUGAAAUAGAAAAGUAGGUUUGGUCAGUAAGGAAAAGUAUGGAAAUUCUAACUGUGUAGGAACCCUGUAAAAAAAGACAAAACUCUAAAAAGUGACGUUGUGUUUAUAUCAUACUGACAUAAGUCCUGUUAGCCUCUUGCUAACCCAGUUUGUUGAUUGUUCUGGUACAGAGUCGGUCGACCAGGAGUUGAAAGGGGACGUUUUGUGGACGUGCCUCUGCUAAUAAUUUGAUUCAUUCCCGGCGCUCGUAAACCGGGACAGGGACAGUAAUCCAGUUAGAUCACCUAACUGUGCUGUAACAGUGGCUCUACUUAACGGUGAAUAUAUACAUACCGACUGAAAAUAACCUUCAGUCUGUUAUGUGGAUGAGAGGUUUGGUCUGUUUUUCAGUGACGCACACACAUGGCAUCUAAAGACAGUCCACCUUUGAAUAUUCUGCUCUGUGACACUUUUUCUUUUUUGUGCGUUUGAACGCGGUUUAAAGUCUCUGCUGUUUUGAUUUCUCAAAGUUGUAAUGGUUCAGGUGCCUUAAAACUUCAUAAAAGGAUCUUUCAUUUGUCAACAUUUUUUUUUUUUAAGUCACGGCAUGCAGGCUGUGAAAUCUAAACCUGCAAAAAACAACAAAAACUGUUGGUAUAUGAUUCUUAUUUUAAACUUAAACCCUCUUUAAGCUUCCCUAAAUUGAUGCAAAUGUUAAAUAGAAUAGAAAUCAACUUUAUUGUCAUUGCAUAUGUCACAAGUACAGAGCAACGAAAUGCAGUUUGCAUCCAUCCAGAAGUGCUUAGCAAGUAUAAAUGUAUUAACAAAUGUACACGGUAUGAAAGAAUAUAUACAUGAGUAUGUCACGGGAUAUUAAGUAUGUACAGGCUAACUAGUGUACAGGCUAUGAUCAGAUUAUACAUUUGGUUAUAAAUAUGAAGGUAUAAACAGACUAUGAAUAUAAUCAUAUGACAGAUAAAUUAAACAGUAAUGCAAUAUUGUAUGUAUGUUGGUCUACGGAUAUAAAGUGUAGAUAAUUGUAAUGUACUUUGGUAACGUGAAGUCGGUAAGAAGAAAAAUGGUAGAAAUUGCACUGAAGCGCACUCAAAAACUGCUGACUCAGCACUUUUCACUCGUCUUCCCGUCAUCCGCUCAGGUGUCAGCAGCCGGUAAUCUGUCCUGUAAACUUAAUCGAGUUAAACUCUCGUCUGGUCUGAGUUAAUGAGAGGUAGAUCUGCCAUGUCCCAGUGUUCCCUGAAUGCCUCAGCCCUCUCACCUUCAGUCAGACCCCCCCACCAUGCACACACACACACUCCUCACACAUCUGAAUCUUCAUACACACACACACACACUUCCUAGCAGAGGCUGUUUACUCAUCUCCAGUCUUUGCAGCAUGAGCCGAGCAGUUAAGGGUGGGAGGGGUGACAGCGCUGAGGAUCAGCCAACCUUCCUCACGCUCUGCACGUAGCACGACCAUUAAAAUACUGCUCCCUCUGGAGGGAGGCCAGGAGUCAAAGUUUACGGCAGUUCACUCCUCUCUUCUUCUUCUUCUUCUGCUGCUGCAGCCCCACCCCUCUCUCUGCUCCUCUUCCUCUUUCUGUCUGACUCCAUUUGACACCCACUGAAAGUCUUACAGGAAGCUCUUUUGUCAGUCUGCAUGCCCCUCACCCACAUGUAGAUCGAUAAAACACUUUAUCCGUGCGUGCAGCCGAAUCAGGACCCCCCUCUGUCUCCCAACCUUCCAUCUUCACAUCUGACUUUUGUUGUUUUUCGGCUUUGAAGGCCCUGAUCCCGUGCAUUCCAGUGGUAACCUGCAUCGCUGGAAAGAUGGGAGCACAAUGCGGACUGACGCAGGUGUCUGCCGUCAGAGGGGAAGGAGAGUACAGCUUAGACGUAUGUGAGAUGCAGAUGAAUUUUGUUUUCGUCUCUCUGCGCACGGUUAAUGUCUCACCAGGCUGCAAGUCCGUCAACUCUGAAUCAUGUGCAGGAUCAACUCGUUAAAUCAGUUAGUCUAUAGAAAUCUUGAACAUGAAGUGCUGUGCAUGAAUAUUUGACAUGCAUGUGUUAUUGUUUGGCUGAUACUGAUGAGUGUAGAGAUAGCCUGAAGAUGUCUGUGUUUGUCAGUGAACCGUAGCGCUCCUCUGAGUACAAUAAAGUCUUUCUCACUGGGCCUCAGAAAUUUAUAAUCCUCUGAAAAACAGUAACUGAACAGAUUUUUGUUUACUGAAGCGUGUCUGUCUAACUGGAUGGUAUACAUUUUUUAAAAAGCCAUAUGUGCUUCAACUGAAAGGAACCAUGAGUUGCUUCUUUACUUCCUUUUACGAGCUCUGGCUUCAUCUGACCCGAUGCUGUGAAGUCAAAGCAGCUACUGCUUCUUCAGUUUCCUUCAAGACAUCCGAUAGAGAGAAGUUUCUGAACCACACUGCCUCUCAACAGGGGUUCCUCAAGGGUCAGUUCUUGGUCCCCUGAUUUUCUGAUUGCGCUCCAUCUCAGUACAAUAAUCUGAUUUCAUGGAUUCUCCUAUCACUGUUAUGCAGAUGAUACUCAGCUCUUCACCACCUACAGUUCAUCCCGUCCAAAACUGAGCCUCUUGUCAUUCCAGCCUUCCCCUCUCUCCAGCCACAGUAUCCAGUUUGGAUCAAAUGGAAUCUGGUUCUCAUGAUCGAUGACUAUCUAACCUUUAAAGUUCAUGUCAAACGGAAUCUGGUUCUCAUGAUCGAUGACCAUCUAACCUUUAAAGUUCAUGUCGCCUCAGUUGCUCGGAUCAGAUUACCCUCUAUAACAGCAGGAUGAUCAGACAGAGUUCACACAACACAGCUUUUGCAUUGACUACUGCAACUCCUUACUAGCGGGUCUCCCUGCUGCACAGUCGAACCUCUGCAGAUGAUCCAAAACGCAAUAAAAACUGAAACUUACAAUAUAGUUAUCGUCCUCUGACAGUAUAAAAAACAUCCACAUGGAUGACACAAUUUUUAAAACCACUAUCAUAGAUCAGUGUCUCUAGAUCGUGCAUCAGACAGAUGUCUUAUUGGGGAGGCAGUUUUGUUUGCAAAUCAAGCAGCAAAAAGCCAAAGUUGAUGACAGUUCAGGGCUCGGCAGUGGAACCGUUUCACUCGCAUUUGCACUUAAAAAUAGAUGAGGGUGAAUUGUAAAAGUAUUUAGGGUCACAUGUGCGCAUAAAAAAAUCAGGCGAGGCAACAAGUGUUUUUUCAGAUUCAGAUUCAGACAACUUUAUUUAUGCCCUAAGGGCAAUUCCGUUCACAGUUACCCUGCCGUUUGAUCCAUCCAAAUCAGCAGACAAACAAACCAGACAAGUGCAAGACAUUAAUAGCAGCCAGUAGACAACCACAUCCCCUUGUCAGUUCUCACAGAUCAGCAGGAUCAGCAAUAAAUAGCUAAAAUAGGAAAAUAAGCAGUCAAGUCCCACAGAGCAAUGGUUAAAAUACAACAAGAUCCACAAGUAUGAGACACAAGAUAGGAAAAAAUAAAACACUCCUGAAGCUCCAGUUCAGCACAAGCCACAUAUGACCAUCAGCCUACUUCCUGGCAGUAACUUCCCCAGUGAAGUUAGUUUUAGGUUGGAUAUCCAAUAGAUAUUUCCUGCGGAUCUACAGGUGUCUUCUCACUCUCCGUAACCAGGAAUAGCAACAAAUAGCAACAACAGUGCGGUUAAAUCUACUCGGCACCCUCGCUGUCAACAUCAGGUGUUGAAGAAGGGACCGUCAAUAAACUACCUGGCUGUUUUCCUUCAAUAGCUUCCAUGUCAUGUGACCAAUUGACCUAAAUUUGAUUUCAAAUAAUAGUACUAAGGUCGGACAAUAAGACAAACAUUAUUUGAUCAAUUUUCAUUGUGCCCCUGAAGUUCUUUGUUCGCUCCUUACUUUUUCAACCUGGGAGUGUCAAACCCUGCAGUAACAAUGAUGUAAAGCGCUGUAUUAUUUCUGCAGUCAGGAGACAGAAAGUCUUGCAGUGUUUGCAUGAAGGGUUAGAUGUGUAUGAAGUAAAAUUAAAAUGUGAGUGAUGCAGGUGGUUUUAGUUUUUCACUUUCUCUGAACUUACAAGAUGUAGAGAACAUAUGCUCAUAGAAAGAAAGUUUGAUACGACUGAAAAAGAAGCUGAAAAUUUGCAGAUUUGUUCACAGGACAUCCUAAUCUUUCUUAAAAAUAAAGAAAUACAGACAGUAAGGACAUGCCUGAUAUUUGAGCUGCCUUUUUGUAAAUAAAACACAAAAAAACCCCCCCGAAGAACUCUGUAUCAGCUCUCCAAAAAUUCAACAAUCAUAAGUCUGACCUUGUUUGAGAGGCACGGGCCCGACUGCAGGAGUUUAGUCUGCUGUGGGUGUUUAUAAUAAUGUUGCUAUGGUUUAUGUUGAUCCAAGCGCAGGGAAGAAUGUGGAGGAACUGGCCUUUUGUUCGUCAUAUCACAGCUUAGACACGGCGCAUGAGGGCUGAAUCUGCCCUCUGCGUGUGCGCACGUUCACUUCUCGCCUCAGCUGCUCUCUUGAUAAACACCCAGAGCCACAGGAGAGUUAUUAAGCGCUAAAAGUCUUAUUUGAUCUGCAGGCUGGGGUGUGAGAAGAGAGAGUUGUUUUUCCCCUUUUAGCUUCUUCUUCUGUCUCUGUGACACUUUUACCGGCAGAGUGCGAGUCACCACUUGUGUGUGUCUUUUUCCUGGGGGACUUUCUGCCCUGUGUUCGCCCGCUGUUCACUCCAAGAGGUUUACAAGAGCUCAUAGGGGUUCACUGCCAACACCCAAGCAGAUCAUGAGAAACUUAAUAGAGCAGGAAGAGGAGAGGGGAAGCUGACGUGUGGCGUGAUAUCUCCGGUUUAUUUUCUCGCUAGUUUAAAGUUUAUAAUGAGGCGGCUGUUGUGAGGGGGACGCUGUUUGAGUCCUUGUGGGUGCAGGUGAGGCGAGGACAAAGGGAGACACCCAAACUGUCUGCAGGGCGACAGACGUGCAGCCUCGGAUUGACAUCUGCUUAAAAACUUCAGAUUUUACUUGAUUGUAAGGCUGUAAUCAACCAUAGAUGUUCAGACUUUGACAGCAAACCCUUCUGCGGCGGGGGACGACAAGGUUUGGGGCUCGUUGGGCUGAAAAGAUUCUGAUAUCAACACAAGAAGGCAAUUAAACACAAAAGGCAAGUUGAAACGUCAAAAAUAGAAAUAGAUAUUCAGCAAACCACCUGACGAUGAUUGGCGCAGAUGCUCUUCAAUCUUCCUGUCUCCAGUCAGUUGAAUCCAAAAUGGUGAAAACAAGGGGGGGCUGUUCUGAGACAGGCUGUUACCUGUGAAAUGGGAGUGCUCAGAAAACACCCCCAUUAGCACUUGGUGCGUUCCUCCUGAUGAAAUUAACCAUAGACUGUAAAUUAACUUAGUUAAAAAAUCAGGUCGACCAAUGAGAAUUUUUGUUGACUCAGCACAUAUCGACCAAUAAGUCGACCGACUAGGACUGUACAGCCCUACUUAAUUGAAUUUAAUUGUUUGUCAUUUUUGUACCUGUGUCGUCUCAGCCCACUUCAGGCCUUUUUUCCCCUCUCAACCAGUCCACUAGCCCAUACAGUAUUGUUGUUUGUUUUCUUCAAUUUGCUGGAUGUCUUUGGUAUUUUAAUUUGAUUAUUGCCUGUUGUAAUUAGAGGCAAACUGUGAUGACAUACAGUUUAGGGCUGAGCGAUAAACCAAAAGUUAAUCGAUACCAAAAUUUACGACAGUAAUCAACGUCAUUUUGCCCAUAUCGAUAUAUUCAGUGUAAAAAAAAUAAAAUAAAUCAAAGUUGGUUUUGGAUGUGUGUAGGUAGGUUAUGGUGUCAUGUCCCUGUCCUACGUCAGAAACGUGACUCCACCCCAUCCAGUCUGUAACAAAGAGGGAAAGACAGGUGAGGAGAUGGAGGACGGUUCAAAAGUUGUAGCGGAUGAAGUAGACGAAGUUAAUGUGGGAGGGGGUGAGCAGCUUGUGGAGUAGUUAUCGUCCAUUUAUCGUUAUCAAGGUGAACUGAUCAAUAUAUAUUGUGACAUUAUGUGUGGAUGUGAGGAUGUGAGGACUCGGGCGCCCUGAGAGUGGCAGCAAGUCACAGCAGCUCCUCAACGACUUCACGUUUUUGCGUUCUUAUUGUUGUUUUUUUGCACCUUUUUAUCUUUCUCUUCAUUCAGCAGUGUCGUGUCUGCAUAUUCCAGCCAUGGAUGUGCAGUUCAUGACUCUAGCACUUUGUUUUCUUUUAUUUUUCGGAGUUUUUAAGUCCGCGACCGGCGACCCAUUCAGCGGCCGCAUUGUUUACAGCCGUGAACAGCUGUUGGCGCUGCGCCAAGCCCGGCCACCUUCGUGGGAGAGACCGGACAUCCCCGCUAAGCUCCGCAGGAGAAGGAGAGGAUGCAGGGCUGGAGUUCAGCAUCGAGCAAAGCGGAGGCGUUACAAACCAACUGUCCCGUCCAUCAUCAUGGGAAACGUGAGGUCUCUCCCCAACAAGAUGGAAGAGCUCACAGCGCUAACUCGGCUGCAGUGGGAGUAUAGGGAAUGUAGCCUCAUGAUGUUCACGGAGUCAUGGCUGAACGAACUCACUCCGGACCCGCUCGUAACUUUGGACGGAUUUCACCUCGUCAGAGCGGACCGGAGCGUGAGGGAGAGUGGUAAGAAGAAAGGAGGCGGGAUAGCGGUGUAUGUGAAUGAGAGAUGGUGUAAUGCUGGGCACGUCAGUGUUAAAGAGCAGCUCUGCUCUAAGGACAUUGAGCUGCUGGCUGUGAGUUUGCGGCCUUAUUACCUGCCGAGGGAAUUUUCGCACGUCAUCGCGUUAACUGUUUACAUCCCCCCCUCGGCUGAGGCUGCUGCUGCAGCCUGUGAACUCCUCCAUAAUGAAGUGUCCAAGCUACAGACAUCCCACCCUCAGUCUCUGAUCAUCAUCUCUGGAGACUUUAAUCAUGCAUCGCUGUCCUCCACUCUCCCUACCUUCAGCCAGUAUGUAAACUGCCCAACAAGAGACAAUAAAACUCUGGACUUACUGUAUGCAAACACCAAGGAUGCAUACACCUCCUCCCCGCUUCCCCCGCUGGGCCGCUCAGAUCACAACCUGGUGAGACUGCAGCCCAUUUACAUACCUAUGGUGAAGAAACAACCCCCCACCAUCAGGUAUGUUAAGAGGUGGUCUGAGGAGGCCACUGAGGCGCUGCAGGACUGUUUUGAGACCACAGACUGGGAUGUACUGUGCGGCCCACAUGGUGAUGACAUCGACACCAUGACUGACUGCAUCACGGACUAUAUUAACUUCUGUGUUGAGAACACCGUACCCACCAGGAAAGUACGGUGUUUCUCCAACAGCAAACCCUGGGUGACCCCGGAACUGAAAGUCCUCCUGAAGGAGAAGAGGAGGGUCUUUAAAUCUGGGGACAAGGAGGAGCUGAGGAGGGUGCAGAAGGAGUUGAAGAAGAAGAUCAGAGAGGGAAAGGCCAGCUACAAGACCAAGAUGGAAAACCUUUUGCAACAGAACAACGCAAGGGAGGUCUGGAGAGGCCUAAAAUCCAUCUCAGGUCAUAGCAGGGGCCAUGAGAGGGGAUCUGAAGCAGGAGACAGGGAGUGGGCCAACGAGCUGAAUCUGUUCUUCAAUAGAUUUGACUCUACUCCCACUCCUCCCCCGACUCAUCUAACCAACGACCCGUCUGCUGCUCCUCCUUCUUCUUAUUCUUAUUCACACCACCUCAGUCCCAUGGCACCGACACCAUCAACCCCCCUCCACUCAUCCUCCACCACCCCCUCCAGCACCACCCCCAGCCUCUCCAUAACAGCUGACCAGGUGAGAAGUGAGCUGAGGAAGAUGAAGCCAAGGAAAGCCACGGGUCCUGACGGCAUCAGCCCCAGACUCCUGAAAGACUGUGCAGACCAGCUCUGUGAGGUGCUACGGCACAUUUUCAGCUUGAGCCUGAGUCUGGAGAGGGUCCCAACACUGUGGAAGACUUCCUGCGUGAUUCCUGUCCCCAAGACAGCGCACCCUAGGGAGCCCAACCACUUCAGACCUGUGGCCCUCACUUCUCACCUGAUGAAGACUCUGGAGAGGAUCGUGCUGAGGAACCUCCGCCCCCUGGUGAGCUCUCAUCUGGAUCCUCUGCAGUUUGCGUACCAGCCGAACAUCGGGGUGGAUGACGCAGUCAUCUACCUGCUGCAGAGGUCCAUGGCUCACCUGGAGAACACUGGCAGCACUGUGAGGGUCAUGUUUUUUGACUUCUCCAGUGCGUUCAACACCAUCCAGCCUUCACUGCUCAGGGGGAAGCUCGAGCGGGCGGGAGUGGACUGUCACCUAGCCGCAUGGACCGUGGACUACCUCACCGACAGACCACAGUUUGUGAGGCUUCAGAACUGUGUAUCGGACAUGGUGGUCUGCAGCACGGGGGCUCCACAGGGGACAGUGCUCUCCCCUUCCUCUUCACCCUGUACACCUCAGACUUCAGCUACAACUCUGGGAGCUGUCACCUCCAGAAGUUCUCUGAUGACACAGCCAUCGUCGGAUGUGUAUCGUCAGGGGACGAGCGGGAAUACAGGACUGUCAUCACUGACUUUGUCAACUGGUGUGGCACAAACCACCUCCAGCUCAACGCCAGUAAGACAAAGGAGAUGGUUGUGGAUUUCCGCAGGAGGGGGACACCUCAAACAGUUCCAGUGAACAUACAGGGUCUGGACAUCGAGAUGGUGGAGUCCUACAGAUUCCUGGGUGUCCACCUCAACAACAAACUGGACUGGUCAACAAACACAGACGUUCUGUACAAGAAGGGCCAAAGUCGUCUCCACCUGCUGAGGAGACUGAGGUCCUUUGGAGUGUGCAGGACUCUGCUCAGGACUUUCUAUGACUCUGUGGUAGCAUCUGCACUUUUCUAUGCAGUGGUCUGCUGGGGGGCAGGGAGCACCGAGAGGGACAGGAAGAGACUGAAUAGACUGGUCAGGAGGGCCGGUUCUGUCCUGGACUGCUCUUUGGACUCCCUGGAGGAGGUGGGUGAGAGGAGGAUGUUAACAAAGCUUAUAUCCAUCAUGGACAAUCCCUCUCACCCACUGCACCAGACUGUGGGGGCUUUAGGCAGCUCCUUCAGCAGCAGACUGAGACUCCCACCCUGCAGGACGGAGCGCUACCGCAGAUCAUUCCUCCCCUCUGCAAUAAGACUUUACAAUGAACAGUAACAAAACUGGAUUUACACCACCACUUUUUUUAUGGCAUUUAAAUUGUGUAUAUUGCAGAAAGCUUUAUUUUUUCUUCUCCCUUUUCUCUUUUCAAAUUUUUUUUUUUCUUAAUUAUUACAUUUAUUAAGUUCUUAAUAUUAGGACCCUUAUUGUUAUUACUGCAUUUUGCACUUUCUGUCUUGUCUGUGAUGCUGCUGUGACAAAAAAAUUUCCCCCAUGGGGGAUCAAUAAAGGAAUAUUCUAUUCUAUUCUAUUCUAUUAAUUUGAGGCCAUAUCGCCCAGCCCUAAUACAGUUAUUACCUGGCUUUCUUGCUUCUUGCUUCUACCCCUCGCACCAGUUUUUUUAAUAUUCAAAAUGAUGGUAAACAAAUGGUCUGUUUUGUCACUGAUGGGCUUGUUUACUUUUGAAUAAAAUGCAAAAGCAUCAAUAUGAGUUUCAUCAAAGUCAAAAAACUUCUCAUAGUAGCUUUAAAUACUUGAUUCUGAUUGGUUCAGACCUUUUAAUGAGGUACAAAGAAGAGAGCUGUUAAACAUCCACCUGUAACUUUUACUUUUUUUAUCGCCCUUUCUCCAGGCUAUGGUGGCUUGUUACCCUGGAAACGGGACAGGAUAUGUUCGCCAUGUGGACAACCCUAAUGGUGAUGGCCGCUGUGUGACGUGCAUAUAUUACCUGAAUAAAGAUUGGACCGCCAAGGUGAGUGACAGAUGUGCGGAUGAUCAUUUAAACUUCUCUCACAGUUCUGUUUCUUGUGUCUGGAGCUGAUCAGUGCGGUUUUUUAUAAUCUGGUUUUCACGUCGUUAAGUGUGUUGUCAAUGAUGGAAGUUAACGUGCCGGUACACGCUGUUCGGGCCACUUUCCCUCUUUAUAAUCUCAUUAAAAAAAAAAGAUCCUGCUAAUCCAGACACACCCAGUCAGGCAGGAGAGAGCCCCCAUGUUGCCUCAUAGACAGUCAGGUUAAAAGUGGUGGGGUGGUCAUCCUUAAACUAUGACUCAGUAAGUUGAACAAGUUUUAAAUCAUCUUCAAACUUCGAUAAACUUGGAAAAACUCCAUGGUGAAAUAUUUGUACGCUGACAAAUCCAAUAAGAGUUUGUUUUCCUCAGACUUUAUGAUCCUGUUAGGCGGACUUACGGCUCGAAGCAAACUCUAACCGCAGUUAAGAAGUUGGAAACUCCCACCAUACAUGAGCAUUUCUUCAAAAUAACUUUAUACUGCUCCUCUGAAAGUCACUAAAUCUGAAUAGUUUCCACUGGGACACCUUCAAGGCUCUUAUUUCUGUCCCAGCCGAGUAAAACACAAUGAAAGCUGAAUUGUAAAAACGUUGAGGAUCUCACUCAUAAACAGGAAACAUCUCACCAGGAAACAAGCACACCCGUACAGACUGAAACAGAAACCCUGAGGUGUAAAAACGUCUCCUCUGAGGAGGUACAAGACAACAGAGUCAGACACAGAGAUCGUCUCCAGACUUCCUCACAUACUUGACCUCCAGACCUGAAUAUGACAUUACGUAAUAACAGGAAACUCUGUUUUAGCUCUGGAUGAUGGUUGAGAGGAGGACAUGCAUUAGUGCGUGUUUAUGUUAUGAGUUUUACUGGACCUACGAUGAUAAAGUAACAGUUGACAGCCAAUUUGUUGCAAUAUGAAAAGAUUAACUGCUUAUUUAUUAUGUAUUUAUGAUGAGUGAUUCACUGUUGCAUCUUCUUGUCUGUGGCUGCAUUACUUUCCUUUUAUAACUGACCUUUGAGAGGCAAAGUACAUGAUUCGUGUUGCUCUGACAACAUGCAGAUGUCAGCAAUGGUUCUUAAUUUUUUCAGCAUUUGCUCUCAAAAUAUAAAAAAGCCAAACACCAUCAUUUUCCUAUUUCUUACUGAGGCCUUUAUGGUGAAUUUACAGGAAGCAUGUAGGCUGCAGUUCAGAUCUAGAGCGCCUUCAAAAUGCUUUUCAAAGCAAAAGCCCAAUCUGUUUUUUCUAUGGAGGCACUCCGAUUGUUUUCACUUCAUGCUUUUAUUUAGAAAUUGUGUCCAGGUUAGUCAUUAGGUAGAUUGUACUUCUCCUCGUUUGCAUCCAUCUCUGGGACCCUCUCACCGCUCAGCUGGUGUAAAAAUGCACCUGAUUGAGACCAUUUCUUACAAAAACUAACCCUCUUCACCUCUAAAAUGUUCAAAAACAUUCCCUGAUAUGAAAAAAGUAAAAGUUUAUGGAUCAGAUGUAGAUAGACAUAAACUAGUAUGAUCUCACCUCUCUCUCUCUCUCUCAGGGGGUGUCAGUGUGUCUAGAUCUACUCAUUAUUACUAAACAUUUACUGCCUUUUAUAACAAAGUGUCAAACAAACAGUCCAAUAUCCUCCACACAAAGUUUCAAAGAGUUAUAGUUUCAUUAAAAGAUAAAACGAGAAACCUCAAUAUUUUAAUUUUCAGUGUUUAACUGCAGUUCACCAAAGAACCACUAGAGGCAUCCAGAUUUUUAAAAACACCUAAGCAUCUCAUUUAAUUGGUAGAAGAUGCUAAUUACUGAUAUUUUGGGAAUCUUUUGACUUGUGUUUUCAGACCUUUUUGAAUAGAGUCAUGGCUGUUUUUGUGUUUCCUAAAUCUCUUCCCUUUUUAAACUUCUAAUAACGUGAAUCAGCCGAGUCACACUGCAGUCCUGAUAAUCACUGAGCUGUCACAUGAUGUCCAUUGUUGUGUUCAUGCACAGGCUGUAAUUAUUUCAAUGGACCAUGUUAUGGAGCCCAGCUGGACAUGUAAAUUUUCUCAAUCUGCUCUCUGAUUGGCCGUUCAUUAGGCAUGUGAUGUUUGUACAAUGUUGUUGCCUGGUUACCGAGGCUCCAUGAGGGAAUGACAUUGCAGAGGAGCGUUCAGGUCUAUUUGUUUCCAAUGAUUUUUAACGUCCAGAUUUUACUCCAAACCACAGUGAGGCUGUAGCAGACAGAUGUCAGAUUAGAUUUGUUGAAGCUGAUGUUCAGUAUUAGAGCUUUUUUUCAUGUGAUUUCAUCUUUUCUCUGCGUGUAUAUUUAUUAUAAAUACAGGUGACCACUCUGGGUCUGUACAGUAUCAAAUCCAUGAGGGAAAAACUGGUCUUAUCUUGUAUUGAAUUUGCCAGCAACACAUGUCCCACCGUGUUGCAUCAUCUCUUCUCCCAGUAACCGCCAGUAAACAUUAGAGAAAGACGGUUUCUGAGGAUUAGGCCAGUUUCUCAAGGUUUGAAAGUAAAAUCUUGUCCCUUUCUCACCUGAUCUUGACAUUAUCUUGCUAAUAUCUGCAGGGAAAAUGUCAUUGUCUGUAUGGAAGCACCCCUGCUCCUCUAAAACCUCUAUGUAUUUCAGCAUGAAUGGUUUUUGGAAGUGCCCAUGUGUUGGUUUCCAGGACAGAGUCGUGUCUGUUUCUAAAGCGUUGCCACCUGAAGGUUAUUACCACCUAGUCCUGGUUUAUGUCUUUGUCCCUUUUGUAUAGAGAUUUCUCCAGAUUCUCUUAAUCUUUGAAUGAUAUUAUGUAGAUUAAAUCUCCAAGUUAUUAAUUAUUUCACCCUGAGAAACUUUUUAAAAAUUUAUUUGUUCACACAGUCCCUCACAAAGUAGUGACUUUUGUCCCAUCUUUACUCCUGAGAGUCUCAGUUUUUCUAAAGUUGCAAAUUAAUCCCAUUAGUUGGGAGAUGGUCCCUUUUUUUUUUUUGGCAUUUCACAAAUUUUGUUGCUCCAGUAUUUGUUGCUACAUAUUUUUACAUAUCUUUUUAAAUACAACAAAUUUUUCAGUUUAAAAUUUUAACAUGUAAGCCGAGUCACAUAAGUAUCGCAAUUUUUUGUUUUACAAUUUUUAAAUAAUUUUUUUUUGUUCAAAAGUCUUUUUUAUUUUUUCAAAUUUAAGAAUAAUUUUUAAAAAAAUGUGAUGUAUAUUUUUGGGGAAAUAUGGUUCCUGGAAGAAUCAAUCAUAAUCAUUCAGCUGUUUCACUGGUGUCAAAAAUGCAGACUACAAUUAGAGAAAAUUGACAAUAUCAUAGAAUCGCAAUUUAAAUCAAAUAGGCAUCCAAAAAAUCGUCGAAGAAUCGACUCGGAAGAAAAGUAUAUUGUCCCAGCCCUAUUAUCUUUGCACUCGCUUGAUCGUAAAGGAUUUGCAAACCAUUAAAUUCUGUUUUAUUAACAUUUGACAAACACCACUGAGUUGUACUUAUUUUUUUUAUUGGUUAAACAACCUUAAUUAUUAUUUUUUAUUGUUCUGUAAAACUUAAGUAAUCACUGUAUGUCCAACAACAGGCUGUGAGGAAAGUGUUAUGUAAUAAUUUCAGAAAAUUUAAGAGUCAGGCUGUCCUGGAGUGAAAAAACGGUUUUGAGUUUUGUGUCUAACAGGUGCUGGAAAAACUGGAUGGAGCUUUUUUUUUCCAUUUCCGACCCUGUCCAAGUAAAACAAAUAAAAUCUGGCCAAACCUGACACCCCCAUGCCCGCUGAGAGACUUUCCACAAGAGUAAAUCACAUGAUUCACCCACAGAUACCAGGAUGAAUGAUUCCUUUCACAGUACUGUCUUUUAGGUCAGACCUGAAUCUGUGUCACUGUUGUUUUAGCUGUGUCAGUGAUGUCCAGGUUUUAUUAUCACCUGGUUUACUUAGUAUUACUUAUCGCCAUGCUAUGUCUAAUUCUCAUAUCUGAUUGGUCGAAACCCUGUGACAGCAGUGAUUUAAUCUGGAAAGCAUGAGUAACGCCAGCGACAGUGUGAUCACAGACGUCAUGUCAAAUCAUCUGAUGAAGGAAUCUGGAAUAUUUCACUUCUGCCUGUUGACACUGUGGCAAAAUGUUAGCUUCUGUCAGCACUGGUAAACAAAAGAGUAGAAGACUUGAUUACUUUAUUAUAACUUUCUGUUGAGCUUUAUGGUUUUUCAGCAAAAAGGAUAAAAAAGGAAAAAAAGCAGAAACAUAAAAACAACUGAGUGAGACAUCAACCAAAUUGAAGAAAACGAGACACAAAGAUGCCGAUUAUCUGCAGUUCAACUCGAAUUUGAAACUGACAAAGUAAGAAAUGGACAGAAUUUUGCUGAAGUGCCUUGCUAAAUGUUUAGUCAAACUGAAACUUUCAACGUCAUAUACAGGAGUCAACAGUUUACUCAUUUUACUUAGAGUUGCGCCACACCAUCAUGUGAUGUCUAAACAACCAGAUGGUGUUGUGCAAGAAAACAGACCCAGAGGAAAAGACAUGCCAGCAGCAGAGCCGGAGUAGUGAAGUUUUUAAUGAAUUUAUUUAGCAGUUAACUGUAAAAUAAAAGGCCGAUACAGAUAAUCAACCAAAUAUCAGCCACAAUAAUCAGCCGAAGUUUAUAAUCGGUCCAUCCCUGACUUAGUGUUAGAGAGAGAAGGGUUUAAGCCGUCCUCCUACAUGAAGACUUUCGUUGCUUCUAACAAAAGUCAACAGUGUGGGGUUUUCGUGCAACUGUGAAGCUCCUCUGUUUUUAGUAGUUUAGCUCAGUAAAGGUAACGUUUGUACGAAAAAGAAUUAGGGCCACAAGAAGAGAAAAAAAAUUAAUAUGGGGGGAUAAUAUUUUAAUUUAAAUUUCGAGAUUAAAGUCAGAAUUUCAAGAUUGAAGUCGAAAUUUCGAGGUUAAAGUCAAAAUUUAAAAAGUUGAAAUUUCGACUUUAUUCAUGUCGACUUUAAUCUCAAAAAUGUUGAUAUUGUUCACAUUUCGAUUUUUUAAUCUCGAAAUUUCGACUUAAAUCUCCUUCCUGUAAUUUUUUUCUCUUGAUCACAAGCAUCACAAGAUAAUGAGAAAACAAAGUCAGCAAUGUGCAGUUUUUGUGCAGCUGCAAAGCUCUUUUAAGUAUUUCUGCUUUUUCGAUUUUCUUAUCUACAAAAAAUCUACGAAAAGAGAAUUAGGGCCACAAGAAAACAUUAAAAAUGUAUAACAAGAGGGAGAUUUUUUAAAUUUCCAUUUCGAGAUUAAAGUCGAAAUUUUAAAAAGUCAAAAUUUCGACUUUAUUUAUGUCAACUUUAAUCUCAAAAUAGUAGUUUUUCUCAUCUCAAAAUUUCGACAUUAUUCAUGACAUUUCGUCAUUUUGAAGUCUCGAAAUUUCCACUUUAAUCUCCUCUUUUUUUUCCUCUUCAUGUGGCCGUAAUCCUCCUCAGUAGAAAUCAAACGUUGAAGGUCUGUCAGUCAUUUUUUACUUCUACUCAGCCUGAAUUUUUAAGUGCACCACGUGUUCGAGUCGUAGGUGUUGUCUUUGAAAUGAGUCCAGCUCAGCCUGAUGUGGGUCAGAGGGUCACGUCCUGCAGGCGGAGGUUAUCCUGUGUUCACAUUAAGACUUUAUCGCUGUCACUGCCAGGUCUACAUGAAGUCAAACAAAACUUUAAAUCAGCGAUCCUUGAGCGGCUCACAUGUCAGAGCCAAGAAAAGAAAAAAAAUACCCUGUUUCCGCUCUUCUUUGAGCCUAUUGUGCUUUGUUUAGUCACGCCGCCGUUAUUCCCCCUCAUUAAAACAUGUAUAAACUGGACUAUCAAUACUCCUCCGCCAAAGACAGGGUGUGAACCUUUUCUGCUGCCGCUAGUUUGCGUGUGAAGAGAGAGGCCUAUCAUAUCAGCUGUGUGAGAGUUUAAACAGCACACUCGCAGCAAUCUGCUUUUUCACUCUCCAGGUCCUUUAUCCAGCCGGAGCAGUUUUCCUGUCCGUUAUUCUUCCUAUCCCUCCACAGGAAGGCCGCCCCCCGCCGCUGCUUCCGAUCCUGAGCUUUCCUCCUGGACUCGGACAACCCUUUUCCUUAACUUUGUCGUCUUAUGUUGAUAAUUUAGAAGCCCCACAUAUGAGAUAUAACUGAGUGGAUCUCUCAGAUGAAUAAUAAAAGGCAUUAAAGGAGGUGUUUGUCGUUUUAUCUGUUUACCGCUCCUGUUUGUGUUUGCUCUGAAUACCCUCUCAGAUUUUCAACCUCAUGUUGUUUUUUCUUCUUCUUCUCUUCAGGAACACGGAGGACUUCUCCGAAUCUUCCCUGAAGGAAAAGCCCAGUUUGCCGAUAUCGAGCCCAAAUUCGACCGUCUGCUGCUGUUCUGGUCAGACAGACGAAACCCUCACGAGGUUCAGCCCGCCUUCGCCACCAGGUCAGCAUCCUGACGUGUCGGCCCGCACACGCUCAGAAGAUUCAGCCCAACAGAGACUCACAGUCUUGCUUCUGUCUCCGCAGGUAUGCCAUCACGGUGUGGUAUUUUGAUGCAGACGAGCGAGCCAGAGCUAAAGAAAAGUACUUAACGGGUAAGAUUUCCUGUCACUCUUACAGAUCCUGGAAACCAUGAUUCAGAAUAAGAUUACCGGUAGUAUGAUGAAUCACUGUGGUGAGCCUCAAGACAGAGCUGUCCAUUCACCAGUCAAUCUAGUGCUGGGCUAUAGGGCCUCAAAUCAAUAUCACAAUUAAUCGAUGUCAAUGAACGUACUUUUCUUUUUGGUGUUGUCUUUUUCAUCAUAGUUUGCGGCCAAGCUCUCUGUGCCUCCCAGGUGUACACCCAAGAUUAAUCAUAGGAAAGCGUGAUAUCGGCACAAUAUCAGUGUCAGCAGAUAAUGACUCAAAGUUAACCGUUAGUGUCAGCAGAUAUGAAUUAUCGGCUCGAAAGUGACGCAAAAAUACGUCCACGCAGAGACAGCUUAGACAGCCCAGCAUGACUCUGAAAUACACUCAAUACAUGACUGUAAGGUAGGGCUGGGCGAUAUGGCCUCAAAUCAAUAUCACAAUAUAUUGAUCAGUUCACCUCGAUAACGAUAAAUGUACGAUGACUACUCCACAAGCUGCUCACCCCCUCCCACAUUAACUUUGUCUACUUCAGCCGCUACAACUUUUGAACCGUCCUCCAUCUCCUCACCUGUCUUUACCUCUUUGUAUCAUCUUAUAGGGACAUGAGACCAUAGUCUACCUACACACGUCCAAAACCAGCUUUUAUUUAUUUAUUUAUUUGACACCGAAUAUACCGUUAUGGGCAAAAUGACGUUGGUUAUUGUCGUAAAUUUAUGUAUCGGUAAAUUUUCGGUUUAUCGUCCAGCCCUACUUUACAAUAAAGGUGUGUAAUAUCGGCAAAAAUCCAGUAUCUUGCAUCUCUAGCGUCAUUUUGUUUUAAUUUUAAUUUCUGAAGGCCUUAAAUUUAAUAUCCACAAAUAAUAAAAUUCAUUUUAAACAGUCAGUUAGUAAUUUGGAAAAAUUCAUUUUGCGCAUUCAUUGAGCGUUUCCAGAUAUCUGUGACGGCAGCAGUGUCUCUACUCGUGUGCAUGUUUACAUUUUACAGUCAUGUGACACACAGAUACAGAUGCUGCAUGAACGAGACACUUCCUCCGUGCUUUUAAAUGAGGAGCUGCUGUAAAGUGUUUUUCAUGUUUAUGCUCAGAGGUAGAAAAGGAGUGUAUCACUUACAGAUGAUUGCUCCUUCUUCUGUUGGCUCAUGCAUGUACAGGUGCACCAACCUGAUUGUCACAUGCACUGGAGCUGCCAAGGAGAUGUCAAUCAGAGUGUGAAUGACUGCAUUCAAACAGUCUGAACAUGUAAAAUCAGCUGUUUGUUCAAAGAGUUCAAGGUUGUUUUGGAAGGUUCAGACUUCAGUGGAUGUUUCUGACAAACUCAGACCUCAGUUUUUGAUUUAAACUGUCUAAAGGCAGAUCUUCAGGUUCUUAAUUAUCAUGCACCUGUGCUCUGAAAUAUCAUCUCUUGUUCUUCUUUGCAGGUGCAGGAGAAAAAGGAGUAAAAGUUGAACUUGGAAAACCCUCCGACCCGAGCUAAUGGGACGCCUACACCCUCCACAAACAGCCAAUAAGUGCUCUGUCCUCAGAAAGUGGCCUAAAGAGAGCAUGUGUGUGUGAUUUACGUGGCAGAUCAGCAGACUUUUGCUCGAGCGGGUGGAAGAUCCACGCUUCUUGGAGACAAAACAAAUACGCAGUGAUUUCUGUUCAUUUUCAGCUAACGGGGGCGACCCGGCGGACCUUGAAUGUCAUGACGUUGUACUGAAAGGGAUUGUGUGGAUUUUGUUUUCUCCUCUCCGCUUUCUGGUUCCAGCGGACAUCUUCAGAGAGAGGAUCGACAUCUUUUUGCGUUUUGCGUUUUUUCAGUUAAUUCCUUAAAGGUACAGUGUUCUGCAUAUGCUUAAUGUGUUAUGCUUUUCACAUGGAAUCAGCUGUUCUAAGCUACUGUAUGGCAAAAUGUGCUUGAGUUUGCAAUAAUACGAGGAAUGAUUUGAAUUAAAAAACAAAAAACACCCUUUUUCUGAACCCG